AUGAAACUCCCGGUUGACCCUCAGGCCAUGUUUGGUCCUGGUGCCACGAGUAUGUUACAGCAGGCCCAGGAGGCACGCAGAUGUGCGCGGGAAGUGUCUGGGGUGGUUGUGCGGUGGCGCAAGUGGCAGAGUGCAGGUUCCGUAUCCAGGCCACCUACACAAACCGGUCAGCAGCAAAACUGGGGCUCACGGGACUUACGACCACCAUUGAGGCCCAGCGUCGACGGAACAGGGGCAAAGGGAGGCCAUCAGGUUCUGGGUUUCAGGCUAAGGGCCGACCCAAGCCUCUGCCUCAGUCCUGACGCCAGGAUGAACCCAGCGUGUUUCCCCGACAUCGAGACUCGCCGGACUGCCUGGAUGGCCAUGGGUGCGUCCCCAUGGGUCGUGUCUACCAUGACGCAGGGGUACCGUAUCCAGUUUUUACGGAAGCCUCCCACCUCCUUUGGUGGUCACUCAGGUGCAUUCCGAACACAGGGCAGUACUCCUGUCGGAGAUUUCUACCCUGUUGGAGAAGAAGGCAAUCAGAGAAGUGCCACCAGGCGACAGACAGGCUGGGUUUUAUUCCCGGUUCUUCUCUUUGGGAUAUCCCUGGCUCCUCGCACAUUCACGAGGUGCAUGGAAGCAGUGCUCUCACCUCUCAGACAGGGGGGCAUCAGAAUUCUGAACUACUUGGACGACUGGCUCCUGUGUGCAGGGACACAGCAGGAGUGUCAGGCUCACUUGGCUCUGCUGUUGGAACACCUGCAUCGAUUGGAGCUUCGUCUCAACUACGAGAAAAGCUAUCUCUUCAGACUGGGGGCUAGAGUCACAUGGCGGCAGUGUCUCCGCCUCAUGGGGCUUAUGGCGUCCAUGUCACAGGCAGUCCCUUUGGCGCUGCUGAACAUGCGCCCAGUCCAACGAUGUGAGCAGUGCCCCCUGAUGGCGAGUGUGUGCAGCAGCGCCCCGGAGCUGCACAGCGGUGCACCCGUGUCUGUGUGCAGCGACCUCCUCUUCACUCCCACCAAGAGCAUCUCUCACGGCCGCCGCACCUUCUGCCUCUUCGUCACCUUCGACCUGCUCUUUGUCUCCCUCCUCUGGAUCAUCGAGCUCAAUGGCAGCUUGCAGCAGCUCACUGAGGAGGUGCUGCAGUAUGACUUCCACCACUCCUUCUUCGACAUCUUUCUCCUGGCAGUGUUCCGCUUCAGCGCGCUCAUCCUGACGUACGCCGUGUGCCGGCUGAGUCACUGGGCAGCCAUCGCGAUGACCACUGCAGUCAGCUGUGUCUUCCUCAUCGUCAAAGUGCUUUUAUCAAAGCUGCUCUCACAGGGGCCUUUCGGGUACGUCCUGCCCAUCUCCUCCUUCAUCCUGGCCUGGAUCGAGACCUGGCUCCUGGACUUUAAGGUGCUGCCGCAGGAGGCCCAUGAGCAGGCCUGGUUUGCUGGUCUGAGUGAGGCACAGCGGGCCCCUCUGCUCGCCUCGAGGCCCAUGUCUGAUGGACAGUUCUACUCUCCUCCUGAGUCUGUGGCAGAUUCAGAUGAGGAACUCGACGACAAACAUGAAGCAGAGAAAGGCCUGCUCACAGAUUGA